GCGAGGGCGAGAGCGAGGGCGGCGAGGAGGUAAGGUACUUGGGAAGAGCGCGGCCGCUAGCGCUAGCGAGGCGAGACGAGGGCGAAACGCAAAUCGAUCGUUAUCCGCCAGCGACCUGCGCGCUAAUCGCUAUCCCAGCGCUAGUAUUCGCCCGUACUUUGUUCCCAUCGGUCCGCCACUCGCCUGACUCGCCAUCGUUACGAGCUUCCCCAUCCGCGGGGGUAGUGCGAGUUGGCGAAAAGAAGAAGACGACGACGACGAGGCGAAGAAAGCAUGAGGGACGAGGUGAAGAUGGACGCGAAUCGGCUGAUCGCCGAGGUCUACAAACGGCCGGCGCUCUGGAAUCAAAGGCACAUCUCCUAUCACAAUCGCGAGGUGACCAACCGCGUCUGGAUGGAGAUCGCAGCGAUAUUCAAUCUGCCCAAACCGAUGCUGAAGGCGAAGUGGAAAGGCCUGCGUGACACAUUCCGUGCUGAGUUGAAGAAGGAUCAGGUGUACCGCAAGAGCAAGUUUCACCGGAACCGGCCGGUAUGGAUACACUUCAAAAGCUUGCAGUUCCUCAAGGAGCAAAUGCUGCCACGGCCGCCGAUCUGGGAGCGCAGCAUCCCGAAAACGGAAGACGAGCUGCAACCAAGCGAGGGCGAAGGCGAGAACGGCGUGCUGACUCCAAACAUCGACGGCGGCCUCGACGAUCGAGACGCGAUCGCCGAUCAUCUGUUGUCGAUGGCCGGCGACGGUAAUAUCGGUCAUCAUCAUCAUCAUCAUCGUCACCAUCAUCAGCAUAAGCUGGACGGUGACGGUCGACGUGGCACAGUGGACGUGAAGCGCGAACCCGAAGAGAGCUUCGACAACUUGGAGUUCCAAAACGUCACCGACAACUUGGCGGAAAACGAGAUGAUGCUGCAGAAUAUUUCGCCUGAGCAGGUUCUGAUGAGUGACAGUGACACCGGUCUCGCCGGCGUUGAUCCGCUCGAGGGCAGCUGUCGUUUCGAUGACAAUUACUACUUCCUGAUGAGCCUAUUACCGCAUAUCCGUACCCUGCCGGCCGACCGCAGGAUGCUGCUCAGGAUGCAGAUGCAAGAGCUCGUUUACAAGGAGGUCUACAAUAAGACCGACGACGAGUCAACGGCGAAGACUUAACUGACGUCGCUGCGCUAAGUUAACUCUUGAGACUCCGUUUUCUCGCUGCAAUGAUAUCGUCGCGAUGUUAAAACCGAGGUCAUGUGGAUUUUUCUUAAUGCUCAUGUAUAUGCCGAUAUCAAAGUUAAAUUGACUUUUUUUUACACGUUAUCAUUUAGUGCCAUAAUUUAGAACUGCGUUCAAAAACUUUGCCCGAAUAUAUCUAGGUAUCAUUUUAUCCUUCUUUUCAGUGAACAACAAGGAUAAAAUGAUAUACCCUGAAUUCCUGAACGCAUCCCGUGUGACUGUGCGGAAGAAGCGGGAGCCUCCAAGUAUUUCGUAAUUAUUUUUUAAGGAAUAAAGAGUACUCAUUUUAUGUAAAUAUACAGGAUAUUUUAGAAACACCUGAUCAAAUUUUAGAACGUAUAAUCACAAUACGGAUGGUGAAACAAAAAGUAAUAUGAACAUGAGUCCGCAUUGACAGCUCUAA